GGACAGAAGGACACCCACAGACACCAUGGCGAGCCCCUGCUUGGAGCUGAGCAACAAGAUGAAGAUGCCUACCCUGGGGCUGGGCACUUGGCAGGCUGCUCCAGGAAAGGUGGAAGAGGUGGUGAAGUUUGCUAUUGAUGCAGGCUACCGCCUCUUCGACUGUGCCUAUUUCUACAAGAAUGAAAAUGAAAUAGGGAAUGCAGUCCAGCAGAAGAUCAAGGAGGGGGCUGUGAAACGGGAAGACCUCUUCAUUGUCACUAAGUUGUGGAACACAUUUCACGAGAGGUCCCUGGUCAAGGCAGUAUGCAAGAAGAGCCUCGCUGCACUGCAACUGGACUACGUUGACCUCUACCUGAUGCACUUCCCUAUGGGAUUCAAGGCUGGUGAAGAACUGCAUCCUGUGGAUGAUAAGGGUAUGAGUAUCCCCAGCGAUACCGAUUUUCUGGACACAUGGGAGGCCAUGGAAGAGCUGGUGGAUGCUGGUCUGGUAAAAGCCAUUGGUAUCUCCAACUUUAACCAUGAGCAGAUUGAAAGAAUCCUGAACAAGCCAGGACUGAAAUACAAGCCAGUAAAUAACCAGGUUGAAUGUCAUCCAUACCUAACCCAGGAAAAAUUGAUCAAGUACUGUAAAUCCAAAGGGAUUGCUGUGACUGCAUACAGCCCCCUUGGCUCUCCUAACCGCCCAUGGGCCAAGCCAGGGGAACCUGUGUUGCUGGAUGAUCCCAAGAUUAAAGAGAUUGCAGUUAGACAUCAUAAAACCCCUGCCCAGGUUCUGAUCCGGUUUCUUAUCCAAAGAGAUCUGAUUGUCAUUCCCAAGUCUGACAAACCACAGCGUGUUGAGGAAAACAUCAAGGUGUUUGACUUUGAACUGUCUAAAAAGGAGAUGGAUGUCAUCCUCAGCUUUAACAGGAACUGGAGGGCAGUUCCAGUACUCCCAGCUGUCAAUCACAAGGACUACCCAUUCAAAGCAGAAUAUUAA